AUGGAAAUUGCCAAGAACGUCCGUGACUUCCUUGUUGGUAUGAAGGAAGCGCUUUCUCCAGAAGAGGACCAACUUUUAUCAAGCUUGCAGAAUCUACAUGAGCAAUAUUUGAAUAUCAUGGAUGAUUUUUCAACGCAAGUAUCUGAACAAGCUCUGAGCAUGAGUCCUGAAGCGCGUGUUGUGGCGCAUCAGCUUCGUCUUAAGAUAUAUCAAGACUGGCGUGCGAAGCUCAUGGAGCGUGUAUUUGACAACUCUAAAGACAUUGCAACGGCUGAAGAUGCAGAGACGCAUGAGCCUGGAUGUGACUGUUGUUUCUGUGAGCUCACGCUGCGAUUGAGAAGCUAUGAGAGUGUAACGGCUGAUUACAUCCAAGUGAGUACCCGGGACAGAAAUCCCGAAAACGACACCGGUGAGGACUUCCAGCUGCCGGAUUUUUUGACCGCUUAG